AUGAGCAACACCAAAAAUGACGAUAUCUCGGUGAAGGAUUAUACAUUUUGUGGACACACUUUAACGAUUACGAUGUUUAAAAGAGCUGCUUUAGGUCUUUCUGCUUAUGUCUGGGGACCUGCAGUUGUUCUGUGUCAGUACUUUCAUGAUGAGAAGAUUGAUUUUACUGGGAAGAAGGUGCUUGAACUGGGUUCUGGCACCGGAAUUGUGGGAAUUUUGGCGGUGCUCCUAGGUGGACAUGUCACCAUUACGGAUGUACCAGAAACGUUGAAGCAGAUAGAAUACAACGUUAAUGCUAACAUCCCAGUCACCUCCAAACACCGUUCAAAAGUGCGUGCCCUUCUUUGGGGUACUGACCAUCUUAACUUUCCAUCCGACUUUGAUUUCAUUCUGGGAUCGGAUGUUGUUUACAGCCCAAUGCACUUUCCAGGUCUUUUAGCGACAAUUCUGCAUUGUUGCAAUGAAAACACCACAAUUUUCAUCUCUACUAACAUGACCGCCAGAAUGGGGUCCGAGAAUUUCCACAAGGAGCUAAUACCAAAGCAAUUCAAAAGCGAGCUCGUUCGUACAAGUGGGAUGAUUUGUAUUUACAAAAUGAACAAGAAACCCACGAGAUAUUAG